AAAAUGCCGAAGAUGGCCACGGCCAUGGCGAUAGCGGCGUUCUUGACGCACUUGUUGCCUGCGGCUGCAGUGUGCCUACCAUUUGAAGCGCACUGCUGCCACAUCAAUCCCAAGAUAGAUCCCAACUACCAGCAGUUCAAGGCCGACCCCAGCAGCCGGGUUCCUGGUUGGGAGGUGGUCGAUUUGGACCUUCCCCCCAGCGAACGCUGGCGACAUUUGGUAACACCAAUGGCUUCACAGAUCAGGACCAUGAUUACCCACUUCAAGGCCUUGUUGGGUGGACUUUCGAAAGACAUCUUCAAGUUGCUUGAGGACAGUUCCAAGAUGAAGGUCAUUUCCGAGCGGGUGCUCAAAGAGAUGGGUGAAUAUGGGCUGGAGAUCCGUAGCAUUGCCAAUGCAACAGGUAUUCUUGUGGAGGACCUCUUCGCAUACAACAUUGCGUAUGAGCUGGAGGGUGGCUGCACCUCCAUUGUGGCCCAAGAUGAUCAUGGACGAUUGAUCCACGGGAGGAACCUGGAUUUUGGUCUCUUCCUGGGU